UGGCGGGGUCGCUGAAGCGGUUUUGGCGCAGGUGGCGGCGAUGGAGGCGCCGCUGGAGGCGGAGCUGGAGGCGGAGCUGGACCUGGAGGGGGCGGAGCUGGAGGAAGUGGAUGUGCACAUCCAGGAGAACCUGGAGGACGCCCUGGUGCAGGAGGCCCUGCAGACCGGCGUGGACCUGCGCCAGUAUUCCCGGCAGGUGGAGCUGGAACUUCAGGAAGUGGAAAGAGCCUCGAUCCAGGAUUACAUCCGGGAGAGCGAGAACAUCGCGGAGCUGCACAACCAGAUCAGCGCCUGCGACGCCAUCCUCGAGCGCAUGGAGCAGAUGCUGGGCUCGUUCCAGAGCUCGCUGAGCUCGCUGAGCUGGGAGAUCCGAGCCCUAAAAAAAUCCCCUAAAAAUCACCAAAAAAAUCCAAAAAAAUUCCCAAAAAUCCCAAAAAAACCUGGAAAAAUUCCCAAAAAUUCCUGAGUUGUCCCUGCAUGUCCCAAACAUCCCCAAAUCCCUCCUGGAACCCCUAAAAAAAUCCCCCA